CGUUUGAUGUAGAUGUAGGAGUAGGUGUAGAUGUAGAGUUGGGUUCCCCUGGAUUUUUUUUUUGCCGAUUUGGCGGUGCUAGACUGGUAGGUGCUUGACUCCCCAUGUCGAUUUGGAAUCUGCUUCCGCUGGUAGGUGCUCUUGUUUUUUAUCCAUACGAGUGUGUGAUUCUGCUGGUGGUUUUUUGUGUGGUUAGAAGUGGUGAAAAGGUGUUUGAUUUCCACUGGAUUUUUGAAAUGGGUAGGCUAUGGAAGGUCUCUCACAAGGACGUUCCUGUAGUUUCAUCUUUUAGCAGUGCAUAUUCUUUGGAUGAACCCUUUGUGCCUAAUGACUUCGCGGAAGAUGAUUCAUAUCCUAUGUCACCGGAACUAUCAGAAGAUGACGGCAACUUUGACAGAGCUCUAUUCGAGUUCUAUAUGAAUCAUGAGCUCCGAAGAAGCUUUUGUGACCUUCUAUGAUUUUUUGCUUCUUUGCUUGUUCGCAACUUCAAUCAUGCAGAUAAGUAUGCGAUGUUUACCUUGUAUAUAAUCUCUGAUUGUAGGAGCUCUGUAAAUGAAAAUGUUGCCUGAAAUAAAAUUUGUAGUUUCAAAUUUUUGUAGAGAAUUUUUCCAAAGUAUUUGCGAUUGUUUUGCUACUGCAAGCUACUCAAGCUUACAUUUAGAAUGAGAUCUCGUGGCAUCGUUAGAAGUUCCUCUUGAGCGGUUGUUCUUUUUAUGCCUUCCAUCUGAAAAUUUGAAAAAUAAGAUGUCAUUAAUAUCAAUAGCCAAAAUGCUGUGUUAUUUAUGAUUUUCAUUGACCAAGCACUGUUAAUUGUGAUCAUUACUGAGAAUGUAGUUUAUUUCUUACUUGCAAUUUCACUGUAAAUGUUAUUUCAGGGGAAAUCAACACUGUAUAUUUAGGGGAAUUAUAAUGGAACUUAAAGUGCAAAUUUCAGUGUAUUUGCACUGUAAUUUGAGGGAUUUUACAGUAGUAAAUUUAGAGAAAUUACACUGUAAUUCCUGUGCAAAUCACUGUAAUUGCCCUGCGACUUACAGGGCAAUUAUUUUGGUUUCUCUUUGAAGGGUAACAUCAUUUUUCUAGAUAGUGUUGCGGGUUUGUCAAAGUUAGGUGUAAUUUCAGAGCAAUUCAACUGUAAAUCUGCAGAUUUACAGUGUAAUUCAAUUACACUGUAACUCCACUGUAAAUCUGUACAUAUGCUAGUGUAAAUUACACUCUUUAAGGAAUUC